AUGGGGACCCUUGGCUGUAACCCCGAUCCACGGCUGACCACAACACCCCGGGGCUGGCGGGCCGCUGAGUGCCCGAUUCUGGAUGUCGGCUUGAGGAAGUCCUGCGGGACGGCCACCGUGGAGAACGGCUCGAGGCCAGGCUUGUACAUCCUGCCGCCCACUGUGGGCUACAUCAACCACGACUGCACCAGGGCACUAAGGCCGGCCUACUCCCUCUUCUGGAGGCCCAGCCCCGCAUCUCCACAGGACACCAGCCCUGGGCCUAUCUACUUCCUGGACCCAAAAGUCACCCGGUUUGGCCGAAGCUGCACCCCUGCCUACUCCAUGCAGGGCCGAGGCAAGUCUCGGGGUCUGGAGGUGACACCAGGCCCCGGGGCCUACAGCCCAGAGAAGGUGGCCCCUGUGCGUCAGCGGACGCCCCCGGCUUUCACUCUGGGCUCCCGCCUGCGCCCGCAGCUCCAGGACACCCCAGCUCCUGCCCCCAACGCCUACACCCUGCCCUCCCUCUGGGGCUCCCAGAUAAUCACUAAGCCCCGCAGCCCCAGCUACACAGUGGCAGGCCGCACGCCCCCCAUCCGCCCCCCUCAGGACCCUGCUGAGAUCCCAGGCCCCGGCCAGUAUGACAGCCCAGACCCCAACACCUACCGUCCGCGCCGGCCCGCCUUCACCAUGCUGGGCCGGCCUCGCGCCCCCCGCCCCCCGGAAGAGACCCCUGGGCCUGGAACCCACAGACCUGAGCAGGUCACCAUGACCAAAGCCAGAGCCCCAGCAUUCACCAUGGGCAUCCGCCACUCCAGACAGGCGGCCACCAUGGCUACGGACACCACGCCCUGACACCUUGGGGUCAGGAGUCCUAGCUACCCCUGAACCAAGCCUCAGUUUACCUGCCUUGUCAAGUGGGGGUGUGGGAAGCCUCUCCUGGGCCUGGCUUUGGCCGGUGGGGGGCUUGGAGAAGUGGCAAGCAGGUGCCUCUUUCCUCCCUUUUUUCUGAACGUUGAGGUCCUUCUAGGCCACCUGCUUCCUUUGGUCUCUGGAGGCUGUGACCCUAUGGCCCUGUGCGGGGUGAGCUUCCUUCCAGUGCCCCAGUUUCUUCCUCCUGGUCAUGCCAGGCUGAGUCAGGCCAGGCAGAGAAAGGGACAACCCCAGCCCUCCCGAGAGGCUGGCUGGAGAUGAGCUUCCUGUGUCCUAGAACUCAGCGUCUGCCCUGCUAGGGCCUGGGUCCCUGACACAGCUCAGGUUUCGGCUAAACUUGGGCUCUCCCCUGCUUCUCACAGCAGCACAGCUGCCUGCGCUGGUUCCAGCCCCCAAAUCUGGCAGGAAGCAGCCUAACUCCCCCCUCUAACUGCCUGCCAGUAAAUCUGUCUGCGGCACCAGAGCU